UGUUUUUUUUUUUUUUUUUUCGUUUUUUUUUUUUUCAGGUUUGUGUGUUUGUGUUUCUACCAACCAAACGCACUUCUCUCAAACUAUGGCAGCGUCCGUCGCGGAUUGGCUUGAGGCCAACGGGCUGGGCCAUCACUUGGAUCGCUUUGCCGCUCAGGGCAUUGUCGACGUGCAAUUGUGUGCUGACAUUGAGCCCUCCGACCUCGACUCGAUGGGCCUCGCCGACUCGAGCCCAGACUACGCCAAGGUGCUGGCUGCGGUCGCCCAGCUCAAGGCCUCGGGUGCCAGUGGGUCUCCCCAGCAGCAGACAGCCGCAGUGCCCCUGCCCGCCGCCUUGCUACGCUCGCAGACGACCAAGCGGCGAGUCUGGACGAAACAGGCAUCCGUCCCCACUCCUCCGCCCGUGGCCGCAGCCCCAGCUCCGACGCUGUUCGCCGUUGAACCGCCCGUUGACAAUGCAUCGCGCAGUGAAUCGUUCAGCAGCCAUUCGUCUGCCAGCCGGUCGUCGUCCGUCAGCUCCAACCGCACCUCGUCGGUGAGCAGCACGGGGCGCACGUCCUCCACAAGCAGCAUGCCCGACAACUCGGCGGCGGCCAUGGAACGGUCGACGCGCUCCCCAUCCUUCAACGUGUUUGGCGCCCGCAGCCCCAGCCACUCGCUCGAGAACGUGGCCGAGGAAUCCCAGUCCGCAUCAGAACCAGCUCCCGCGAUUCCCAUUCCCGUGAAGACCAAAUCGGGCUCAUUCAACGCGUCGCUACCAGAUCGCACUGGAACGUCGCCGUCAGACCGCGAACCGUUUCGGCUGCCUCCUCGACCGGCCGCCGAGGCGGUCACCGAGGCGGAACCAUUGUAUCAAGCGCCGCCAGACAACCCAGAGCCCCUGUACAAGGCCGUGCCAGCAGCAGCUCUCCCUCCCAAAGCAGACACCUCGGAGCCCCUCUACAAGGCCGUGCCGGCGGCAGCUCCCCCUGCCAAAGCCAACCGGCCGCUCCCUCCAGCGGCAUCCACCAUUGCAGACGAGCCCGUGUACAAGGUGGUUCCGUCCGCUUCGGGCGGCGCCGCAAAGCCUGCGACCGAAUACGAUGAUGUCGAUCCUUUGGCUCCGACCUUCGUUCCGGCCAAGGCAGCCCCCGGCAAGCUCUCUUUCCAAAGCCUGCCCAUGCCGCCCCCAGGCAGCUCGAGCGGCAGCGCGAUGGCCGCCCGCCUUGGCCUGAAGGCAACGCCAUUUGCCAAUCCGAACCCGCAUAGCAGCAUAUCGUUUUCAGAGAGUGCGACUACCGGUGCACCGGAGCCGUCCUACGAACUAAUUCCCACAAAACCUGCUGGAGCAAACACAUCGCAGCCCCCGACGCCCGGCCUUGACGAUACAUACGAGACGAUCAGUGACAUCAAAGCGGCAGCUGCAGUUGCUCCUCCUCCUCCUGCUCCAAUCGGCUCCAGCGGCUCGUUAGCGUCGCUGCCACCACUCGAUGCAUUCGGCGUUCCGCAGACGCAGCGCGAUGUUCGUGCAACCCGCCCUCAACCGACACCCGACACCUCCUCGGGCUCUUCCUCCUCCAUCCUCCGCAAGUUUGCCGACAAGGUCGAGAAGGUGGUUGAAAAAACAAAGGCGCUCAAGAAGGAUUCGGACGAGCCGCAGUUCAGCCGAAGUGUGAAUGGCACACUACGGGCAACGCGUCACGACGGUGGAAGCUCUGCCCCUGUCGUCGGUGCGAACGCCCUGCACUCUACCUCGGAGCCCAUCUUCAUUGGAAGUGCUGUCACUCAUCCAAUCAACCCGCCCAUGAACGACCCGAGCUUUGUCCCUGCGCUCCCACCACAAACCACCAAGCCAGUGUCCAUGUUCGGUGCGCCAGCUGGCGCCCCGUCAUUCCACAGCGCGCCUGCACCCAUUAACAGCGGGCCACCGCCUCCGCUGCCGCCCUCAACCACCAAGCCAUCCAUUUCGCCAGCGAUGCGCAAGGCCUCGUUUGCAGACCCGCCUCGGUCGCCGUUUGCCAGCUCGGACUUUUCUCCGAGGUUGCCUGGCCGCACCAGCUCCAUCAGUGGAGGCGACUCCACUCCCCCUCCGCUUCCAGGGCGGAACAUUCAUCAAGAUCGAGUUGUGCCACCACUUCCUUCGGACGACGGCCCGCCCCCGCCCAUCCCCGCGCGGCCAACGGCCCCCAAACCCGGCCAAGCAGUCAGCCCAGCAGUCCAGGCAUCAAACCGCAGGUCUGUGGUGUUCCCGCCAAGCCAGCCGACGCCUCCUCCACCAGCGCCUUCGUCUCACGGCACCUUUGGCAACCCUGCCAGCACGCCCCCUCCGCUUGCCCGCCCUCCGCCGCCCACUAUUCCCUCGCAGGUCGCCGUCGCGUCACCCGUUGCUACCACCUUGCCACCCAAGCGCAACCCGGUGCCCGAGCCAGUCAAAGACGAGUACUUUGAGCUGGAUCCUGAGGCGGAGGCGGCCAACCUGCUUGACUUUACCUCGCUCAACCAGAAGCCGGCUGUGCGCGACGAGUACUUUGAGCUCGAACCCGACGAUGGCGCAAACAGCGCCGUCUCUGCCUGGCUGACUGGGCUUGGAUUGCAGAAACAUCUGAAGAGCAUGAUUCAAAACGGCUAUGACGACAUGGCAGUUGUUCGCGAAAUGACUGACUCUGACUUUGAAGAAAUUGGCAUCACCAACCCUCGCGAACGUGCCACCAUGAUGGACAGCCUUCGUUAGACGCCUCUUUUCGCAAGUUCCCUCGCUCUAGAUGUCGUUCUUAACAUUGUUAAACAAUUUGCGCGUGAUUGUAUGGGCGUAUGUGUAUGUGUUUGUGUGUUUUGGACGUGAGCUCCUCGCUUUUGGUUCGAGGAUGUGCUUUUGUCGAUACUUUUGUGACAUUUGUGUCAGUGUUUGUGAUUUUGUCAAUGUUGUUUUUGCUUGUGACUUUCUUGUUUGUAUUUCUGUUGGAAGCGGGGGAAAUCUGUCCGCUUCCCUUUGUUGUGUAGGGUGGUGUAUGUGAACGCCUCUGUGUGUCUGUCAAUACAUUUCCAACGUUGUUGCA